AUGACGAUACUACGUCAAGGAACAAUGGAUCAACAACGCCAGGACAUGCUGGUGCUCUUGGACAAGGCCGAAGACCAGUGGUCCAGCAGCUUUCCACCAGAUCGCGACGGCGAAGAGAUCGAUUGGCGUCAGCGCAAGUGGCUUCUGCUGACGACGUUCAAGGAGUAUAGGAUCCUCGACAUCGCGGAGAACAGGCUCCAAAGAGACCAACUCAGCACUGCGGAAGAGAAGAUAGCUUUUGCUCGCCAGCAGUGCAAGAUCCAGCGCAUGACCGCGUCGGCGAUACCGCCACACCGCCAGUAG